AUUCGGCCGCCGAGGCUGAGGUGCGGUCACCACCGCGACUUCUGUCACUCACGCCGACUUUCGACCACCCAAUCGCAACUCUUGGCACAACCCACGAAAUCCAAAUUUGCACACAUCUCGAAUGCACAAACACAUUCUCCUCACGACACCACGACAGUCAAGAUGGGCGCCCACAAAUACCUCGAGGAGCUUCAAAAGAAGAAGCAGAGCGAUGUCAUUCGCUUCCUGCUCCGCGUGCGCUGCUGGGAGCUCCGUCAAUUGAACGUCAUCCACCGCGCAUCCCGCCCCUCGCGACCCGACAAGGCCAGACGCCUGGGAUACAAGGCCAAGCAGGGCUAUGUCAUCUACCGCGUGCGUGUGAGGAGAGGUGGAAGGAAGAGGCCUGUGCCCAAGGGUGCCACAUACGGCAAACCCACCAACCAGGGUGUCAACCAACUCAAAUACCAACGCUCCCUCAAGUCCACUGCCGAAGAGCGUGUGGGCCGCCGCUGCGCCAACUUGCGCGUGCUCAACAGCUACUGGGUCAACCAAGACAGCACCUACAAGUACUACGAGGUCAUCCUCGUCGAUCCCCAGCACAAGGCCAUUCGCAAGGACUCGCGCAUCAACUGGAUCGUCAACCCCGUCCACAAGCAUCGCGAGGCUCGUGGAUUGACGGCGACGGGCAAGAAGAGCAGAGGGUUGAACAAGGGCCAUCGCUACAACAACACGAAGAAGGGCCGACGGCACACGUGGAAGUUGCAAAACACCCUGCAGCUGUGGCGUUACAGGUAGACGGUGUGAGGUGGUGGUGGUCAAAGGGACAAUGGCAUUACGACAGUGUAGUUCAGCCCGUCCAAAAUCAGCGUGUUCUUUCAGUAUCAAUCAUCUGUGCUCUCCAUCGGG